UAAUGUAAUAUAAUACAUAGAUUUGCCCCUGUGCCAUUUACCCCUCCAGGCCCAACAACUCCCCUCGUGGACGCAGAAAUAAAAAAUGCCAUUAGGUCCUAUUGGCAUAGACCAUUUUUGAAUGCAUACUAAUAAAAUUUGUCACUGUCAUUCCCAGGAAGGCAUAUUUUGGGGGGAAAAAAUUAAAAGGUUUUUGGAUGUCAAAUUUAUUAGGAAUUAGGAUGUGGGAGUAACCCUUGGAACCCACCAAUGUGCCAACUUCCAAGGGUUUACCUUGAUGUCCUGUUUCCUACAGUUUGGAUUCAGGCAUGAAAUCACCAUUCAAGUGACCAAGGUCCAUAGUGUUUGACUUAUGUUGUUAAGUCUUUAAGUUAACAAUUAUUCUCUUUUUAUCAUCCUAUCUAGAGACCAUGAAGAGCCUUUCACAAAAUUAAUCUCUCAGGCAGCAGUAAAAGGCUUUUAAAUGGCACCUUCUUCAGAUUUCUGGUCGUAGAUUUGAUCUACUUUUUCUCUCUAGUCCAUAAUGCACAGAAAGUAAUCUGUGAAAAUAUCAGUUUUCAUGUACAAUGUAAGCCUGCUACUGGAGGCAUGUUGUAUGUAUUGAGUGUCUUCAGCCCUAAGGAGAGUCUGAUUACAGUGACUGUUAAACUGGAAGAAGAGAGUUGACAUUAAUGGACAAGAAUGCUAAAGAAUGUGUGAAGAUUUGAAGAAAGAGCUGACUGAAGUCAAAGAAGAACUUCAGUCUAUUGAGGGUCAAAUAGAAGAACUCCUUGAAAGACAGCAGUUUUUACUUGACAGAAAGGAUAAUUUGACAAAGCUCAUACAAAAUACCUCAGCUAAACCGGUGUCGUCUGCCUCAACAUCUAGCAGUGAUGGUGGAGAUGACUCAGAAAAAAAAUGGAACAAAUCUGAUUUCCCCUGGUCUCAGAAACUUGAUGAAAGGAGGAACGUCAUCUUCCAAAUUCCCAAUUACCGGCCACACCAGUUGGAGACCAUGAAUGCCACCUUGUCCGGGAAGGACUGUAUUCUGAUUAUGCCGACAGGUGGUGGGAAGAGCCUCUGUUUCCAGCUACCAGCUCUUGUUAGCAAAGGUAUCACCUUGGUCAUUUCCCCCUUGAUCUCCUUAAUGGAGGACCAGUUGAUGACUCUGCACAUCGUGGGCAUAAAGGCCACGCUGCUCAAUGCUGCCAGCUCUAAAGAGGAUGUCAAGGAGGUUCAUGACGCCAUGGCAACCAAAACUCCCAAACUAAAACUGUUGUACGUGACUCCAGAGAAGAUAGCUAAGAGCAAACGGUUCAUGAACCGGCUGGAGAAGAUGUAUGAAAUGGGAAACUUUGCACGGAUUGUAAUCGAUGAAGUGCAUUGCUGCUCACAGUGGGGUCACGAUUUUAGACCUGAUUACAAAAUUCUGGGCAUCUUGAAGCGUCAGUUUCCAGGGGUCCCUAUCCUUGGUCUUACUGCCACAGCCACCACCAAGGUCAUCCAAGAUGUCACAAAACUCCUGAACAUCCCACAGUGCUUGGUGCUCAAGGCUUCUUUCAACAGACCAAACCUUUAUUAUGAGGUGCGAGUGAAGUCAUCUAAUCUAAAAGACAACCUAGAUGAGAUUAGUAAAGUAAUUUUGACAAGAUUUCAAGGGGAAGCAGGUAUAGUGUACUGUUUCUCUCAAAAAGACACUGAGGAGAUCACAAGGGGGCUACAAGACAGAGGAAUCCCUGCAGGCUGUUACCAUGCCAACAUCUCAGCUGCUAGAAGAACCACUGUUCACAGAGAUUGGAUGCAGAACAAGAUCCAAGUGAUUGUGGCCACUAUAGCAUUUGGGAUGGGAAUAGACAAACCAGACGUGAGGUUUGUGAUCCAUCAUUCUAUCAGUAAAUCAAUGGAGAACUUCUAUCAGGAAAGUGGCAGGGCAGGCAGAGAUGACAAUAGGGCAUAUUGUAUAUUGUUCUUUCGUUUUGGAGACAUCUUCCGUCAGAGCACCAUGGUUUUUGUGGAGAGGACAGGACUUGAUAACUUGUAUGGAAUGCUAGGCUACUGUCUGGACACAGGGAGAUGUCGGCGUAGCAUUAUUGCUCAACAUUUUGGUGAAGCAUGGGAUUCUCUUCAGUGUAAUGGCAUGUGUGAUCACUGUGAUGCCAGCAGAACAGUCCAUGUUGAACUGGUGGACAUAACAAGCUAUUGCAAGGACAUUUUCACCAUCCUGACCGAGGCUGGUAGAACCAACCAGAAGGUCACAGGUCUCAAGCUGGUGGAAGCCUGGCUGGGGAAGGGGGUGGCCUCCCUCAGAGUGAAGACGAUCCAGGUGCCUGGCCUCAGUAGAGAGGACUGUGAGAGGGUCAUCACAUAUAUGAUUGUGGAGGGUUACCUGAAGGAGGUGUUCCAUUACACUGCAUACACUACAUACAGUUACCUUGAGCCUGGUCCAAAAGCAAAUAUGGUGAUCAAAUUUGACAAAAAAGUAAGUCUGAACUUUGAAAGGAAAGCAAGAAAGGAAAAGACAAAGCCAGUGGCAAUAAACUCUGAGAAAUCGGCAUUUGUAUCAAAUCCAGUUCCAUCCCAGUCAUUCAAUAAACCCGCCAUAAAAAGCAGCAGCAAAAAGGACAAAAUUAAACCUGUCAUUAUAAAUUCAGAGAAAUCAGCAUUUGCUGCUCACCCCAUUAUUUCUGAGGAUGGAAGCCAACCAAGUGCGAAAAAGAAGCAAGACAAGCCUAGUGUUAAAAAACGCAAACCUGUGGUACUUUCAGAUAGUGAUGAUGAAUUAGAUUUGGAUGACGAUGUAUAUUUGCCUCACUCUAAGAAACAGAAAGUCACAACGAAAAAAUUCAGAGAUAUGGACUCUGUUUCAUCUUCCUUGUCAAAGAAUUCUACUGUUGAUGGUACCAUCAGUGGUUCAAUGGAACCCCCUGUUGUAGUUCUGGAUGAUGAUAGUGAGGACUGUAGUGACUGGACUUCCCCAGCAGGUCCAGCUGCUGCUGCCAUAGCUAACAGUACCCCCCUGCCAGACAAGGAAUCACUGAGGACUAAAAAGAAAAGAAAAACGCCUUCAGUUUUAACUUCAGAAGGGGCUGGGAACAACUCUUCUGCAGACAGGAAAAUGAAAAAUCUCUCAUCAUCUGGAAAUAACUGUGAUGUGUCUCAUACUGAGUCUUGCAAUUCUAGUGGUGCACAGAACAGUAGCAGUGAGUUUGUGGAAUUGCAUUCCAUGUACACGUCUCAGCUCAGUGCAAUAGACCACCAUGUUGGCGAGAAAAGUAGUCCUGACACUAGUUACAGCUUUGCCAGUGGAGGGCAGCCGUCUUUUGAAAACAGUCCUCAAGGCAAUGUUUCAGUUGUCAAGAGAGGAGAUAAAAAAGAAAAAUCAUCAAAGCUGAAGCUACAUAAACAAAGCAAACUAUCAAAGCCUGAUUUCCAGGAUAACGCCUCCUGUGAUGGAGAUGAAAUGGAAACUCUUGAAAAAGUUUACAGCGAACAGUUAGAAAAAAUUGAGAAAGGAGAGAAGUAGUGCAUGACAAUUUAAACAUGAUAACACAUUAUGAUAGUAAACCAUAAUUUUGAGAAUUCAUUCUUUCUGUUGACAUUCUUAUACAUGUGCAUCAUUCUUGGUUUCAUCUAUAGAGGCUGUUUGGCUGUCCUUUCAUGAAAAGUUAUCUGUAAAACUUGUGCAGUUAUGUAGUGCAAUAAUUGUGUAAAAUGUAGAAUAAUGAAAUAUAGCCUUUUCUUCAUUUUCCUUUGGAGUGCGAGUUUUUUGAUAAUGCAAAAAGAGAGAGCUUCUGCUUUUGAAAAAAAAAAAAACAUUCUUAAAAGAUUUUUUUCUGAAACCAAUAUCUAAUAUUUAUAUUUUUAUAGGUAGAAUUUAUACCCUUCUUGUGUUUUAACAUGGAUUAAGCUGUCAUGGAUUAAACGAUUAAAUGAAAACUUCAGAGGCUUUUGCUUGGCUAGUGUUUUUUCAAGACUUGCUUAAA